AACAAGAGAUCAACGAAGGCAUCAUUCAAUCUUAGCAACUCUUCAAGUGAAGUACGCACUAGAAACCACAAAAACAAAUCAAAAUGAAAUUCAUCAUUGUUUUCGCUGCUCUCUUCGCCGUUGCUUUGGCCGCUCCCCGCCCAGAAGAUGCUACCGUCUUGAGAUCCGAAUCUGAAGUUGGACCCGAAUCCUUCCAAUAUGCUUAUGCUACCAGCGAUGGUGUUGAAGCUGAAGCUCAAGGUCAAUUGAAGAACGUUGGUACUGAUGAAGAAGCUAUCGUCGUUAAGGGCUCUUUCUCCUUCGUUGCUGAUGAUGGUCAAACCUACACCGUCAACUAUGUUGCUGAUGAAAACGGUUUCCAACCCCAAGGUGCUCAUUUGCCCGUUGCCCCUGAAGCUUAAGUUGUUUUAACUGUUAUUAAUUUCUACGAUUAAACAAUGCAAUUUUCCACCAAACAUAAUCCUCCUGUUAAAUCUCAACAAAAAAUAUCCCAAUUUGUUAAAUUAUCACAACGUCCCCAACCCCUUGAAAUCCUUCCUUAUCCUAGUCCCGUUUGUUAACUGUUCAACGAUCUAUCAUUAACGUUAUUUGUUAGCGAUAGUUUAUCGUUAAAGCAAACAAACAAAUUGUUAUAAACAUUAGGCUAAGUGAAAAAAUAUAGAAAAAAAUACGUUAAAAAACAAAAA